ACACGUCCCCCUUGGACUUGGGAACUUGAGUUCCUCUCUUGUUUUCUUACUUCAGUUGACGACUUGACGGAGUAACAAGAAAAUAGAAAAAAAAGAGAAAACAAUUGACUUGAAGAUGUCAAAUUGUCAACUGAAUCUUCCCCAAUACAACUUCUACCAUUAAAUUUCGCUUAGAAUCAAUUUGGGGUUUUCAUCAAAAUUUCAUAUGAGUUGAUUUCCAGAAACUAACCCCAAAAACAUGGAUUUGAUACUGCUUGAAGAUAAUCAUGUCAGCAAUACUGAAACUGCUAUAACCGCCAUAAAAGAAGAGAAGCUAUACGUUGCAGUUGGGAAAGAGGUGAAGCAAAACGAAACCCUUCUCUCUUGGGCUAUCCAGAAUUCCGGUGGCCGCACAAUUUCCAUUCUGCAUGUUCAUCAGCCUGACAAUUUCAUCCCAAUUUUGGGUGAAAAGUUCCACUGGAGCUCCUUGAAAGAGCAGGAAGUCAGGGCAUACCGAGGAAUUGAGAGACAGUUUAUGCUUAAAACCUUAGAUGAGUAUAUUCACUUUUGUCGCCAGUUUGGGGUGCAAGCAGAGAAGCUUUAUAUUGAGAUGGACUCAGUUGAGAGGGGGAUCUUGCAGCUUAUUGCUGAACACGAUAUUGAAAAACUUGUCAUGGGUGCUGCACAAGAUGACCUCUAUCACACGAAAAUGAUGGAACUCGUGUCAAAGAAAGCAGUUUAUGUGCAGCAGCAUGCUCCUGCUAAGUGUCACAUCUGGUUUGUCUGCAAGGGGCAUCUAAUCCAUCAGAGGAAAUGUAGUUCAGAAGCAAGAAUACAUGCUCAAAAUGAGAGGUCCAUUAACUCUAAAUCCCUUUCUUUGAUGGGUCAAAGCAAUAAAUCUACAGCUGUGAGUGAAGACUUACUUCUCGGUGAAGGAUCAUCUCAAUUUGGAAUGAGUACUGGGAGAGUCACUAAGCUUCCUUCUAUGGACAACAUUGAAACUCAUGUUUCUCCGCCUGAAUUAGAUCUUGAAGCUAAUUACCAUAACUGGGCAUGGGAUGAAAUACUGCAGUCUGAACUUCACACAGAACCAUUAUUCAACCAGAAUCAUCAUCGUCAUUUAUAUUCUCCUCGUUCAGUUGCACAGGAAAUAUCAUCAGAAGGUGUAUAUGCAGAGGUAAUGAGUAAAAACAAAGAACUUGAGGGAGAUAUUCAAAAGGUUAAGAAUGAACGAGACAAGCUCAGGGAAGAAUACCAGGAUGUGAUGGACCAGAAUUUAGUGUUGGAAAGCAGAGUUGAAAACUAUGAUAAAGUGCUCAAGGAAUUAGAGGAAGGGAUUAUUUAUAAUGUUGACAUGCUGCAAAUUUGUGAAAAAGAACGAGAUGACUUGAAGAUCGAACGUGACAAUGUUCUGAAGACGGCUGAAGAAUUGUUGAAUCAAUCUGCUGAGGCAGCAUCCAAAACUGAUAGUCCCAGGUUCUUCACCACAUUAACAUUUGCAGAGAUCGAAAGAGCAACUAAUGACUUUGACCCAUCAUUACAACUGUGGGAAGGCGAGAAUGGCAGCAUCUAUAGGGGUACUCUUUCUCAUACACAAGUGACUAUAAAGAUGUGGCACCCUGAGGGCCCACAAGGUCCCCGAGAGUUUCAUCAAGAGGUUGAGAUAUUGAGCAAGUUUAGACACCCAAAUGUGGUAACUCUUAUGGGUGUUUGCCCUGAAGCCUGGGCUGUGGUCUAUGAAUAUCUUCCCAAUGGGAGCCUUCAAGAAAGAUUAAAUUCCACGGGAAAUACUCCUCUUUUAUGGCAAACCCGAAUAAGGAUUGCCACUGAGAUAUGUUGUGCUCUAAUCUUUCUUCAUUCCUGUGUACCUGAACGAGUGGUUCAUUGUGCUCUAAAGCCUGCCUCUGUUUUCCUUGACUCGAACUUCACGUGCAAGAUCGGUGACUUUGGAUUCUCACACCUAGUCUCGGACCAAGAAAAUUUAUUCUCUACUGAGUUCCCGAACAGCUCCUCGUAUACAGAUCCUGAGUACUUUAUAACAGGAGUGGCUACACCUGCCAUAGAUGUUUAUUCUUUUGGAAUGAUACUACUGGAGUUGCUGACUGGAAAACCAGCAUUUGGGGUAACAGGUGAAUUGGAAGAUGCUUUAAAUGAAAACAGUUUUGAUUCCGUGUUGGAUACUUCAGCAGGGGAGUGGCCGUUUGUGCAAGCUGAGCAAUUGGCUCGGCUGGCAUUGAGGUGUUGCGAGGAGAAUGCAAAUGAUCGACCAGAUUUGAAGUCUGAUGUAUGGAGGGUUCUGGAGCCAAUGAGAACUUCAUGUGGCGGUUCAACAUCAUACCAUCUUGGAGAUGAAGAACACCGUCAAGCUCCAUCUUAUUUCAUUUGUCCUAUAUUCCAGGAAGUGAUGAAAGAUCCGCAUGUUGCAGCGGAUGGCUACACUUAUGAGGCAGAAGCAUUGCAAGGGUGGCUUGAUAGCGACCAUGAUACGUCCCCUAUGACCAAUCUUCAACUUCAACAUUCCAAUCUCGUCCCCAACCAUGCCCUUCGUUCUGCCAUCCAGGAGUGGAGGCAACGACAUUGACAUUGUCAUUCUGCAACUGUCAAAUUCCCUUGCUUGGAAAACGAUAGGGUAAGAUUUAAAAAACAGGGUGAACUAUCAGUAGUGGUGGUUUACUUCCUUGAUUUUCUCAAGUGUAAAUUGGUAAGAGUUGGUGUUUCUUGAUGUAAUGGAAAUUUCUAAUGGAGAUUGUGUAGAUGAGUUAUAAAAUGUGUACAUAUGGUAAAAAUAAGUUGAAAAUUUCCCUUUA